AUAAAAUGUAUUACACGGGGCGAUUUUUAGAAUAGUAAAACCUUUUGAUUGCAGCUUGGUCAAUAAAUGUAACGUAAUAAUUGUUUUGACGUCACAAAUGGACAAUAAACAAACGUCACAGUGCGCCAAAGAUAUCAUGGAAACCCAUGGGCUUCUGUUGGUGGCUGCAGCAAGCAAGUAAAUUUUGUACCGCUAUAAUUGGCUUUAAAGAAAUGGAACAGUCUAAAUGGGCACACCUUCCAGAUAUUGUAAUAAUUGAGAUUUACAAAUACUUGAAAGAUGAGGAAAAAGUAAACGCGGCGCUAACAUGCCAGAACUGGGGGUGGUUGUAUUAUACUCCCUGUUUGUGGAGGACGAGGCAUUUUGAUGUUGGUGGAUACCGGGUUCAUUACAACGGUUUGAAGGCAUGUCAGUUUGCUACCGUUCACGGUAGGCACGUUCAGAAUUUAUCCCUCAGUUGUAGUCACCCAUCAUACCACACUGCCAAAAUUUUCCAAAGAACAAUGGAGGAAUUGCUGUUCAAAAUGCGACAAGCAAAAUUGGUUGAAUUCGAGAUGGAGAGAUUGGAACUGGAAAGGUUCUGGAGAUUUGAAUCAGCAAGGGAUCGACUGAUUUCAAGUUUGGUAAGGUUUUUCCGAUAUCAAAGCCGAAUACAAACGUUUGAUAUGACGUCGGCCAAGUUUCCAUCCGUCGGCGGAAUACGUGUAUUGGAGAUUCUUGGGAAUCACUGUGGAGAAACUAUAAAAGAGAUGUAUUUAGAAGACUUUUUCCAUUCCCGUCUAGCAGUUUUUCAGGUGCCACGAUACAUAAAUUGUUUAGCUUUGUUUAAAAGCUUGGAAUUCUUGGCACUGAAUUACAAUUGUUUAUCGGAAGAAGUCAUUCUUCUUUUCGCCAAAACUUUACCCGGAAUACUGGAUAUGAUAAACAUCAAGGUUUACCGACAUGACCCAAGGUUUCAUCGAAUAAGUGGAAAUGCAUGGAGAGCACUUAAGAAAGCUUGUCCGAAGUUGAUUGUUACAUUCUGGUUCGAGAACGUCGGACUAAUGAACGAAAUCGUACCGCUUCUUUCAAAAGAAAUUCCUGUUCGUGAUUUCCACAUCUGGACAGGUUACGAUGAUGAUGCAGACUGGAGGCUGAAUGACACAAUACGUCAUCUACAUCAAACAUACAAAGAUUAUUUAGAAUCUGUAUCAUUGGAGCUUGACAAUACCCAUGAAAUGGUGGAUGAAGAAAUUCUUCUGCUGGUGAAAACGUGUAAACAUCUAAGGGAGUUCACUCUUAAUGCAGUGAUCCAAGUGUCCACCAUUCAAAAAAUCAUGGAGCUCCAGCAAGAACGUAAAAUUGAUUUAAAAACACUCAGAGUUACUGCUUGUGCCUUAACAGAGCAAGAAUGGUCACAGCUCUCUGAAGUCAAAGAAAAUUACAGCACAAUGAUAGAGGAAAGAGGCCUAGAUUUCAGAUUCACUACAGAUUUAAUAAUUGAUAUUUCUUGA